AUGUCUAUCUGGCGCUUCUUUGGGCUUGCGAGCUUAGUUGGCUCAGCUAUUGCAGCGACUCCGGCACAAUGGCGCACUCGAUCCAUCUAUUUCAUGCUCACUGAUCGGUUUGCUUUGACUGACAACUCUACGACUGCUACUUGCGAUACAGACAAUGGCAUUUAUUGUGGUGGAUCUUGGCAGGGUAUUAUCAACCAGCUGGAUUAUAUCCAAGGAAUGGGGUUUACUGCCAUCUGGAUCACACCUGUCACUGAGCAGCUGUCGCAGCAUACGGCUGAUGGAGAGGCAUACCACGGGUACUGGCAGCAGGAUAUCUAUUCCGUCAACUCAAAUUACGGCACGGCAGAUGAUCUCAAAUCUUUGGCUUCGGCCCUCCAUGAUCGCGACAUGUACCUGAUGGUCGAUGUCGUGACCAACCACAUGGGCUAUGCUGGAGCUGGGGAUACAGUGGACUACAGUGUCUUCAAUCCAUUCAACUCCGAGGAUUAUUUCCACUCUUACUGCGAGAUCACCGACUACAGCAACUUGACUAUGGUGGAAAAAUGCUGGGAAGGGGAUACUAUUGUUUCUUUACCUGACCUCAACACCGAGUCUACCACUGUGCAAAAUAUCUGGAAUGACUGGAUCACGGACCUUGUUUCCAAUUAUUCCAUCGACGGCCUGCGCAUCGACUCCGUUAUGGAAGUUCAAAAAGACUUCUGGGCUGGCUUCGAAGCUGCUGCCGGAGUGUAUUGUGUUGGCGAGGUAGACAACGGUGAUCCAACAUUGGUCUGCCCAUACCAAGAAGUCAUGGACGGCGUUCUCGACUAUCCAAUGUAUUACCCCCUCCUCCGAGCUUUUGAGUCCACCAGUGGAAGCAUCAGUGGUCUCUACGACAUGAUCAACACAGUCAAAUCCGACUGUUCGGACUCAACCCUCCUAGGAACAUUUAUCGAAAAUCAUGAUAAUCCCCGCUUUGCCUCAUAUACCGAAGAUAUGUCCCUAGCCAAGAACGUGGCCACUUUCACAAUCAUGUCAGAUGGUAUCCCGAUCAUCUAUGCCGGGCAAGAACAGCACUAUAAUGGCGGCAGCGAUCCCUACAACCGCGAAGCUACUUGGUUAUCGGGAUACAAUACCGAUAGCGAGUUGUACAAGCUCAUCGCGCAAGCAAAUGCUAUCAGGAAUAAGGCGAUUUACCAGGCUGAGGAUUAUAUUACUUACAAGAACUACCCCAUCUAUCAAGAUGAUACUACCUUGGCUAUGCGGAAGGGCUUCAACGGCACGCAGACUAUUACUAUUCUCUCCAAUCUCGGUGAAAGUGGAAGUGAAUACACACUCACGCUGCCGGGUACGGGCUUUGUGGCCGGCUUAGCUGUCACCGAGAUCUUCACUUGUUCUAGUAUUACUGUUGACAACAGUGGUGAUGUCGCUGUCCCUAUGAGUAGUGGUGAGCCGCGAAUUCUAUAUCCUACUUCAGAGCUGAGUGGGUCCACUCUUUGUUCAUAG